AUGGCACCAGGCUCAGAGGCUGUUGGGGCUUCCUCCCAUGACAAAAGGAAUGGCCAAAUGAACGGCAAACCAAAAACGUCUUCCCCGCCAUGGGCGAAACGCAGCAAUGGACGUCGCAUCAAACGUCAGGAAGUUGAGAGAACUUUUGCCAAAUAUGCUGAAUUCAGCGGUGACUUUACCCAGGUCAAGAAAGUUGUAUCUAAUGGUAUUUUCAAGGAAGUGAAAUGGAUGGGCUGGAAAGGCAUCCGCACGUUGCUGGCUGUGGUAAAAAGCAAGACCUCUGGUAAACUCACGGAUGAUAAGGAAUAUCUCAUGGAACGAAUUAUUCAACUCGUGGCUAGUCUGCCUCCCGAAUCAACAGCCCGUGUAAAGCUCACCAAUAGCUUUGUCAAGUCGCUCUGGGUUUCCCUACCUCAUCCACCACUAUCGUAUCUCGGUGACGAAUAUCGCUACCGAGCCGCAGACGGAUCCAACAAUAAUCCUUUGUUUCCUCGUCUCGGGGCCGCCAAUACAGCUUACGCGCGAUCCAUUAAACCUUCAACUAUUCAACCUGCUGCGCUACCAGACCCAGGUCUGGUCUUUGACAGUCUUUUCGCGCGCCAGGAAUUCAAACCACAUCCAAAUGGUGUCUCCAGCAUGUUUUUCAACUGGGCAUCUCUAAUAAUCCACGAUCUCUUCGAGACAGAUCCAAGGAAUCAACACAUCUCUCUGACGUCUUCAUACCUUGACCUUUCCACACUCUAUGGAGAUAAUCAGCAACAGCAGGAUGACAUGCGUACCUUCAAAGAUGGAAAACUCAAGCCUGAUACCUUUGCGGACCCAAGGCUAAUCGCACUUCCACCUGGUUGCAGUGUUAUUCUCAUAUUGCUAAAUCGGUUCCAUAACUAUGUCGUUGAGCAACUGGCCCAUAUCAACGAGAAUGGUCGAUUUACCAAACCCCGUGAUGACCUUGCAUCUGAAGAUUCGAGAAAUGCAUGGGCUAAAUAUGACAAUGAUUUGUUCCAGACCGGGAGACUUAUCACUUGUGGCCUUUACAUAAAUAUCACGCUGUACGAUUAUGUGCGAACCAUCAUCAACCUCACACGCACCAAUACUAACUGGAGUUUGGACCCACGAGUUAACAUGAAGAAAGGUGCCAAGCCAGAAGCAGCCGAAAGUGGUGUUGGAAACCAGGUGUCUUUCGAGUUUAAUCUUGCUUACAGAUGGCAUUCAACUAUUGGCGAAAUAGAUGAGAAAUGGAUUGGGGAGGUCUACCUAGACCUUUUUGGUAAAACCGCUGAAGAAAUCUCAAUGGAAGAACUGAUAGCUGGAAUGGGAAAAUGGAAAAGGAACCUUCCCAAAGACCCUGCUCAGAGAACAUUUGCAAAGUUGGAACGACAAGCAGAUGGGCGAUUUAAGGACGAAGAUCUAGUUAGAAUUAUUACAGAGGCAACGGAAGAAGUCGCGGGAACAUUCGGUCCUCGAAAUGUCCCUAAGGCCCUUCGAGCAGUCGAAAUUCUGGGAAUUCAUCAGGCUAGGAAAUUCGGCUGUGGCUCCCUGAAUGAGUUCCGGAAAUUUUUUGGCUUGAAAGGACAUCCUGACUAUGUGGAGCUUUACCCAGGCAUUGUUUCGGAAGAGGCGAAGAUCCCCAUGGUUCCUGGUGCUGGAAUAUGUCCAACCUAUACCAUAUCUAGAGCUGUUCUCUCGGACGCGGUAGCACUCGUCCGUGGGGACCGAUUCUACACCACGGACUACAAUGCUAAAAAUUUGACAAACUGGGGAUAUGCUGAGUCUCACUAUGACCUUAGCGUCAACCAAGGUUGCAUGUUCUACAAGUUGAUGCUGCGCGCUCUCCCCAACUAUAUCAAGCCCGACUCUAUCUACGCACACUAUCCAAUGACAAUACCGAGUGUUAACAGAGAGAUUUUCACGAAGCUCGGGAGGGAAAGUCACUUUUCUUGGGAUCGCCCAGCGCUAAUCCCACCUCGCAUAGAUCUCACCUCGUAUAAUGGGACAAAGACAAUUCUAGAAAAUGUAAGGGAUUUUCGGUUUACCUUUGGGGACGUGGCUAGUUCUCUCUUCGGGAGCCAGAGUUUCAAUGUAUCCCAGUCCGAAAUAUUAGACGAAACCUUUAGGCAAGAUUCAUGGAGUCAGAACGUGAAAAAGUUCUACGAGGAUAUUACCCUCAAUCUUCUGAAGCAAAAUUCAGUUCGAGUUGCUGGAAUUAACCAGAUCGAUAUCACGCGGGAUGUUGGUAAUCUCGCGCACGUCUAUUUCGCGGCGAGCACUUUUGACCUUCCCCUCAAAACCAAAGAGAAUCCCAAGGGUUUAUUCACGGACCGUGAAAUGUUCAUGGUGAUCGUGGCUAUUUUCACCAGCGUAUUUUUCGACGUGGAUCCCACAAAAUCGUUCGCCCUAAGACAGGUGACGCGAGAAGCAGGAGAAGAGCUUGGAAAAGUUGUAGAAUCGUACGUCAAAUCCGCCAAGGGAUUCAUAUCUCUGUCAGGUAUUGUUGAUCGCUUCCAAAAACAUGACAACCCAUUGGCCAAGUAUGGGCUUGACGCGACCCGCAAACUCUUGAAGUGCGGACUCAGCGUCUCAGAGGUGGCUUGGUCACAACUCCUUCCCAUAAUAUGCACCGCGGUUCCGAGUCAAGCUCAAGUUUUCACUCAAAUCAUAGAUUUUUACUUGUCGGAUGAGGGCAAACCACAUCUUCCAGAGAUUAACCGUCUUGCACAUGAAGACUCCCCGGAAUCUGAUGCGAAACUUCUCCAUUACUGUAUGGAGGGGAUCCGACUUAACGGAACAUUCAAAUCAUACCGUGAGGCAAAUACAAACGUUUUGAUAAAUGACACUGGUCGUGACGUUGUCGUCAACGAUGGAGACAAGGUUUUCGUGAACAUGAUCUCCUCUUCCAGAGAUCCAAAUAUAUUCCCCUCUCCCGACGACGUGGUUCUCGAUCGGCCUCUAGAAUCCUACAUCCACUUUACCGAUAGUGCAUUUACCUGCUUUGGAAGAGGUGCACAUAUGGUAGCACUAUCUUCCAUGCUGCGUGUUGUUGGGCGUCUAGAUAAUCUGCGCGCUGCUCCAGGCCCCCAGGGCCGAUUGGUCAAAGUUAUUCGUCCCAAUGGGCAUUUCGCCUAUAUGAGAGAAGACUAUGGUGGUUACUCUGUCCUCCCAAUGAGUGAGUUCUUCACAUGUUUCUUCGCUGUUAAAUCUUGA